ACGAGACACCGGGCCGGCGGUUGUUUACAUUUUCCAUACGUGUUUUCGCGGUCUCGUCGGUUCAGUGCGCUAAAAAACCAUGGAUAGUUUGCAGGCAAUUAAUUCUAAACUGACGGUGCAUUCAGCUGCAGCUCAAAUCGAAAAGAUUUUGAAAAUAUCCCAAAAAUCAACGCACCAAACGCUGCCGGAGCCAGAGCUUGAGCUGCUGAAACAACUCUGCAAAUCGAACAACCUACGGAUAUGCCAGCUGGCAAACGAAGUGUUGCUGCAUCUUGCCACCGAAGGGGCGGUUGAACUGGGGCAACUGCUGGGAAUGCUGAUGACCACGCUACCGAACACAACUCCCGGACAGUUCAUCGUCAUCGGUGGGUCUAUUUUUCAGCUUCUGCUGCUCGAUCUUCGACGGCGGUGCCUAGCCACAGAAACCCAAUGGAACUAUACGUGCCAGUUCGAUUUGAAGCCACCUCAGCAUCCGGUGAUUCUGCUCAUCGAAAAAGCCGGCACGGGCUCCACGUCAACCGUGCUUGAUUUGAUCACUGGCACUUUGAACCAUUCGGACGAUAUUAUACGCACGAACAGCAUCGAAUUUUUACGCCCCGUACUGUUGCAUCUUUUCGUAAAUGUGGCCAUAUACGCAGACUGUCAGCCACUGUGGAAACAUCUAGUCGGUCGGGCUUUACACGAUCGCAAAGCGGAAACGGUCGUGUUUGAAAUUCUAGCAUGGCGCCGAGAUACAACAGCACCUCAAACCUGCUACACGAUCGGGCUGUUAACGGAUGCUUUAGAAAUAAUUCAAAGCGAGAAUGAAGCAAACAUACAACUUCAACUGGAAUACGCUUUGUACAUGGCGGCUAUUCUAAAAUAUUACAUAGAGUACAAUUACGAUCCAAGCCGUUGCUUUGCUUUGCUGCAUAAAGUUGGUGUUGCGGCAAUGAGGUGCGAUCCGCCUCCGAAUUUAGAUGUGCUGAUGGCAAUCAUAGGCGAUCUUCUGCCGGUCGUAACACCAUUAAAACUGUACGCAUUGCUACAACUUAUUCAAGUGAUACUGCCGGGCUGUGGGAAUAACACCCGCCUGCUUAUAAAAGAAGUCAUGAUUCAAUUGCUGGGACAGCCAUCAUACACAGCAACACAUUUGAUGCUUUGCGACAAGAUUCUUACGCAGAUCGAAAAGGACUUUUCGCAGGCGGAUGACAAGAACGCUGCGGAUUCGCCUAAUGUUCCCGUUCGAACCACCUACUUUCAUCAAGACUCACCCAAGUGGACGAUUCUCUGUAACUGGUGGAAUUCUUCCGACACGGCAAUCGAGGAUUAUCUUCGAAGGGAAAAACCAUCCAGCACAAGAUUUACCUUAGCUUUGGGCCAACUUCAUCGCUCAAUUUUCUUGUCACCUUUCUACGAAGAAGACGUAUGGCGAACGAAUUUUGACCGUUUAGUUAAACUGAUGUGCCACAGCGAUUUGCAGGUCGCCCAAUGCAUGGUACCGCUGCUGUACGGACUAGCGCAGCAUAAAGAUGCCCGGCGCCGACUGCAUGUGCUGCAAACUAUAGCGUCGAUGGGAGCCAAGGAAAAUCUGAUUGGAAUUCUGAAAGCUCUCACUAAAGGACUCGAUCGUUCGCUGUGCCUCGAUCUGUACCUGAGACUAUGGAAGGCAGAACCGCGAACCUAUCCGUUGCUGUACGAUCUGCUGAAAGAUACCAGCCGUCAGCCGAAUGAAGAUCGCUGGGAACAUACAAUUGCUCGCGCGUACACAAUCCGUGAAGUGUGCCUUAUAAACCCACAACAGCACGGCGAAGACUUGGUAAACUUAUUCUCGGAAGUGCUUAGCAGUCCUAAUAACAACGAGAACGAGGUGGCCAUCUGCCUCUCGCUCGAUGCUAUCUCGAGUCUCUGCGAACAUCAGGUCGUCAACAUUGUGUCAACAUGGAAGGUGUUAGGGUUCCGUUUCGCUAACGAACGCCGCCCGAAAGUGAUCAAAAGCUUGUGCCGGUUCUUCGGCAGUGUGCCGUUGAUUAAAGUGACCACAUCCGAACAGGAAAGCUUAGUAAAUCAUAUCAUUGGUACGCUCUGGCAUUACGUGACCGACUACGAGGAUCGGGGAGUUCUGGAGGCCGCUCUGGGGACGUUGAAACACUUUCACCCUGAUACGCUGACUCUUCGCCAGAUACCGGAAGUUUAUCGACAGGGCAUCGAUUUGCCAGAACCGAAUGAAGAAGGCCUUUCUGCUGCCGACAGUGCCGGAUCGGUACCGCCAGAAUGUUGGAUUCAGCUGCUUCUGUACACCAACCAUUGUGCAAUUGAAGCCGUUGGCGAGCUUUUGGCCCACUACAUUACCCGCGAGAUCGAAGGCUACCGGGGCGGUAUCUACCAGACGCCAGAGGGACGUCCAGAACCAUCCAACUUGAAGUAUCUUCCACGGGCAAGCAUUUUAUCGACGAUUGUUAACUACCUCAUAACGCAAAGCACCAAGUUUACGAAAAUCGAAACCACACCCGAGCUGGUGCUGGUACAGAUGCUGCGGAUAGUUGCAAAACCAUAUCCCAAGCCGAUUCCACCACUGAAUUGGUGUUUUCUGCAUGAAUAUUUCGUCCAUUGCUUCGAAAUGCGCGAUGCCUGCCUGCAGAUAGCCAUCAAGCAGAUGCCUUACUCUGGCACCGCCAAACGGCUGGUGGAAAACUAUCUGAACGAACUGUGCGAAACGAUCAUGCUGGAAGAGGAUCUGCUAAAGAUUUACGCUGCCAUAGCAGAAAUCACCGAAGCGGUGCAAACGGACAUUUACAAACGAUUUGUGCACCUUUCGCUACAGUAUCUGGCUGAGCGGGCGGAGGAUCAACAGUUUGCUGACAAUACUCCAUUCAUUCAGACGAUGGCAUUAAUCGCAGGCGCCCUGCAGAGGGAGAGAAAGUACGAAAAUGAGGACAACUUUGAUCAUCUCUGCACGACGCUGGAGAACUUUUUCAUGCGCUUCGAUCUGGAAUCGGAUGUUUUUCAAAAGUACAUCGAAACGAUGGUGCAUCUUCCUGAGAAACACUUCUCGGCCCUUCUGAAACCCAGCACCUGGACGGGAGGCAUCAAUGUGGAAAAGUUGGAAAAAACGAUUCAUCUACAGCUUGCCUUCCGGCGGUACAAUCCUUCCGCCAAAUCGUUGCACUUCCUCGGUCUCGCCGAUAUAGUGUCGGCAGUUGCAAAGCACCAAGACGCUUCAUUGUGUGUUUUCUUCCUGCGGGAGUGGUUUAACUUCGUAGAGCAAUUUGCACAGGAUAUUGAGGAACAGCCUUCGCAUGGAAAGGAUCUAAUCGGCUUUAUCGUUGAGUUGAUCGGUCUGUUACAGUGCAAUCUUACGGCUACGGCCGAUCGCAUACAGCAAAGUACCAUGUUUAUGCUCGAUGCUCUGAUCACUGCUGUCGUUAGCUUUUCCGGCUAUGGCGGACUGUAUGGAGCGCAAGCAUUUGCGAACGAUGGAUCGUUACGGUUGGCACAGUUUCCACUUGCACUGGUUACGGUAUUCCAGCAAAAUAUGUGGCGUGAAAUAGAGAUAAAGAUCUACGAGUUCCUGUACCAUCUUUAUGGCAUUGCGUCGCUACCGGACGAGUACGCAGAAUGUAUGCGCGAUGCGCUGAUAUGUUGCAAGAGGCAACCAUAUUUUCAACAGUCAAAAACGUGGCCCAAAUUCGUGACUCUGAGACGGCGAUUAUGAUUUUUUUUAAAAUAAUGUUACAAAUAUGCGGAUAGUCUAAAGAAAGAAUUAAAUAAUUGCUUUUGUUUUUAAUAAAUUGAUCUACCCAUUUAA